AUUCGGAAGCUUGAAGCUCGCUAACACCGAGAGCAGCAAUGGAACCUCGUGGACUUCAGUUGGAUCAAGAAACUUUCUCCUGUCCGAUUUGUCUGGAGCCAAUGAUGGACCCAGUGACUAUUCCCUGUGGACACAGUUAUUGUAGGGUCUGUAUUAAAAGACACUGGGAUACAGAGAAUCUGAAAGAAAACAGCUGCCCUCAGUGCAGGAGAUCCUUUAAAAGGAGGCCUGAUCUGGAGAAAAACACCAUCUUAGCAGCUUUAGUGGAGGAACUAAAGAAGACUGGACUCCAGGCUGAUCCUGCUGAUCACUGCUAUGCUGGACCUGAAGAUGUGGCCUGUGAUUUCUGCACUGGAAGAAAACUGAAAGCCGUCAAGUCCUGUUUAGUCUGUCUGGCCUCUUAUUGUGAGAAACACCUUCAGCCUCAUUAUGAUUCAGCUACAUUUAGGAUACACAAGCUGGUGGAGCCCUCCAAGAACCUCCAGGAGAACAUCUGCUCUCAACAUGAUGAGGUGAUGAAGAUGUUCUGUCGUACUGAUCAGAAGUGUAUCUGUAGUAUUUGUUUAAUGGACAAACAUAAAGGCCAUGACACAGUGUCAGCUAAAGAAGAAAGGACUAACAGGCAGAGAGAGCUGGAGGAGAGAUGAGGAAAAAUCCAGCAGAGAAUCCAGGACAGAGAG